CUCGCCUGCGGCUGAAAUUUGGACGGUGCGGAUCUGCUGGAGGCGGUUUGGACCCUUGGUUCCGCUGUUUGGUUGUGGAUACAUAAGGGGUUCGGUUCCGUUCUGGUUCUGUGAGUGUCUGUGGGCCUCUGCCUGCUCUCUGUGAGCGCUUUCCGCUCGGACUGUCAUUGAGAAAGUCCACAUGUUGGCUGGCUGGAGACACUUUCUGCAUCUUUUUCCAUCUGGAAAUCUGAUUUGUUUGUUGGAGGUCAAAGUUUCUGCUCUGCUCGGAUAAAUUUACAGUCACCUCACCUCGCCGCUUCUCCGUAAAAACAAAAUGGAGGUUCUGCGGAUUGGUCUGCUGCUGCUGGAGGUGAUGAUGAUGUCAUCGGCGGCCAGAGGUCCUCCCAGGGUGGCGGGGAAGGUGGCCCAUCGUCAGAGCGUCCGUCUGGGUCGCACGGCCAAGCUCCCGUGCCCCGUGGAGGGCGACCCGCCGCCGCUCAUGAUGUGGACCAAAGAUGGCCGACACAUCCACAGCGGCUGGACCCGGUUCCGCGUGCUGCAGCACGGCCUGCGCAUCAAGGAAGUGGAGACGGAGGACGCCGGUACCUACGUCUGCAAGGCCACCAACGGCUUUGGCAGCGUCAACAUCAACUACACGCUGAUUGUCAUCGAUGACUCCAGUUUGAGGAACAGAGAAGGCGAACCCGCCGGCGGCUCCAUGCAGCCCCCAGACCUGGCUGGGAAACCGGUUCGUCCUCGUUUCACCGAGCCGGCGAAGAUGAGGCGGCGCGUCAUCGAGCGGCCGGUGGGCAGCUCGGUGCGGCUGAAGUGCACGGCGAGCGGGAACCCGCACCCGGACAUCGUGUGGCUGAAGGACAGCAAGCUGCUGGCGGAGGAGGACGGCGGCGCCGGCGGAGAGAAGAAGAAGAAGAGAUGGACACUGAGCCUGAAGAACCUGGCGCCGGAGCACAGCGGGAAGUACACCUGCCAAGUCUCCAACCGCGCCGGACAGAUCAACGCCACCUACAAGGUGGAGGUCAUACAGCGGACCAUCUCCAAGCCGGUUCUGACCGGAACCCACCCGGUCAACACCACCGUGGAUUACGGCGGAACCACGUCCUUCCAGUGUAAGGUCCGCAGCGACGUGAAGCCGGUCAUCCAGUGGCUGAAACGGGUCGAACCCGGAGACGAGGCCCGCUUCAACUCCACCAUAGAGGCCGGAGACCAGCGCUUCGUGGUCCUGCCCACCGGGGAGGUCUGGUCCCGACCCGACGGGUCGUACCUGAACAAGCUGCUGAUCAGCCGGGCCCAGCAGGACGACGCCGGCAUGUACAUCUGCCUGGGAGCCAACAGCAAGGGCUACAGCUUCAGGAGCGCCUACCUCACCGUGCUGCCAGACAGGAAGUCCCAGCCCAGCUCCGUUCCCAUGGUAACGCCCCCCGGCCUGCCCUGGCCCGUCAUCAUCGGCAUCCCGGCGGGCGUGGCCUUCAUCCUGGGCACCGCCCUCCUCUGGUUCUACCAAUCGAAACGCAGCUGCAGCGGCUCCGCCUCCUCCGCGCUGCCCGCCGCACCGCGCCGGGAACGGGCCGGCCCGCCGCCGCCGCCGCCCCCCGCGGCGCCACCCACGGGCUCGGACAAAGACUCGCUGACAUACGAGGAAUACACAGCGGCGCAUCAGCAGCUGCUGCUGGCGCCGAAGCUCUACCCCAAGGUCUACACGGACAUACACACACACACACACUCACACGUCAACGGCAAGGUGCACCAGCACAUUCACUACCAGUGUUAGCAGACGCAGCUAACAGCACGCCAUGAACUGCAGCAGGUAGAGACAGGAAGUCCUUCGCUUCAACCAAAGUCUGACCUGGUUCAUACGAGCUUCCAGAACCGGGUCGCAGUGACUGCAGCAGCAGCUGCAGCAGCAGUGUUGGCGCUGCUUCGUCCUUCGCCAACAUCAACCCGACUGCAGCGGCUCUGGAGUAUCUGUUGAUUUUUCUCAUAAAAUCUUAAUAAAAAGAGUUUUUAACAUUGCAAAGUGAAGGUUAAGUCCAAAAGGUGUGAAAGGUUUGACCAGAUUGUUUAUCUGAUGAGUUUAAAGUUAACUUUAACUCCUUUAAAGGUUAAAGUUAACUGUAACCUUUAUAGUAGUUGACUUUUACAACACAGAUAAAAAAACUCCUUCAAGUUUUCACACGUUUGGAUUUUUUCUGCAUUUUUCAAAGUUACAUAUUUCUUAUUAAGAUUUGAUGAGAGAAUCAACAUAAAAUGGAAAUAAAUUGAUAUAAAUUGAAGAUUUCAUCUUUUCACUUUUCAGAUCCUGAUGUGUGAAAAAUGUUUCCUGGUUAUUUUCCACUUCCUGUGGCUCUGGAGACGAUUGGAGGAAAACUGUUUUUGUGAUCAUAAUGGAUUCAUUUCUCAGGCGAAACGUAGCUGAGCCAAAACAAACCGAUGAGUGAUGUCACUUCCUGCUCCCGUUGAGCUGAGGUGAUGAUGUCAUCAGUUACAUUUAAACAGGGAAACGUUUUAGCAUCGCUAGCUAACUUUGUUUAAAGUGAAAUUAAAUCUUGAAGUUCUGCUUCAGUGAAAACGAAUAAUUUAGAUUAUAUUAAAAAUAAAACAGUUUUAAACGUUUCGUUUAGGCGUCCAUCUCACGUGGUGCCAAAAUAAUCAUAAUCCAAUAAAUAAACAUUUGUUACAUGGAAACAUGCAAUAGAUAAAAUUUUAAAAACAAAUGAAAAUAUAUGAACAAAAGAUGUUACAAUUUGUCAAAAUAUUCCUGCAAAACAUCAUGUAAUAAGUUAAAGGUCCCAUAGUUCGUUAAAAAUAUAUAAAUAAUUUUUCAAAUAAUAUUUAUUUCAUGUUUAAUAUUAUUGUUUUAAACAAAAUUCAAAUAAAUGCAUAAAAAACUAAUUUUAUGAUUCAAUAUUUUCCAGAAUAAUUAAAAUUUAUUAACUGAAAUCAUCAGUAUUGUAAAUUAAUGUCAACAGUAAAUGUUGCUCAUAUGAUAAACCCUAAAGUUUGAUUGGUUACCGCAGACAACGGCUGAACUGCCGACCAAUCAGCUUCUCUAACGCAGCAUUAGCCCCGCCCACUGAAACAAAAUGCUGAGAACCUGAAACAAUUCAAUAUUUUUAAAGUAUAUUUCAGUCACAUAUGUUUUUAUUAAACCACUUAAAUAAACAUGUAUUUAUGUACAAUAUUUUGGUGUUUUUGGCUCUUAAUAAUAAUAAUAAUAAUAAUAACGUUACAUUUUAAACGAUGCGACCGGCUUUGAGUCGGGGGAAAUUUCUCCAGAAAAAUCUGAAAAAUGUUUUGCUGUGAACCUCAGAGGAAAUCGUUCGGUACCUUCAGGUUUUUGCACUAAUCUUCACAAUAAAGAAGGAUAAUGUAAAAAUAUAUAUAUUUUUAUAAAUAAUGCAUAUAGUACUGUUUGUUUGUUAUCUCUAAUAUGUUAUCAGCAUCUCUACAGUCGCUGUGAAUUAAUUUAUCCGUCUCUGCUGCCAUUUCAACCCAUUUAGUGAAUAAUAAUAAACGCUUUGACUGCAUCUAAACGUUACAUUUCUUCUCCUGUGGGACGUUUCUGUUUUUAUUUAAAGUAAAAUAGAUUAUCAGGAUCGUUUUCAUUGAAAAUGUUUUUAUUUUCUUUUAAUGAAUAGUUGUCCAAAAACAAUAAUUAGUUUUUCCAUCAUGUUGCAAACUGUGUUUAUGUGAACCGACCACUAAUGUACAUGAAAUAUCAUUAGUGUUAUACAUCUACUUUAUAUUUCUUUAAACAAUUCAGAAGUUAUAGCAUCGGGAUAAAAAAUACUGAAAAAAGGAAAGUGUGUUUUUAAUUUAUUUCUUGUUAUUUUCCAUAUAACUGGGCAUUAUUACUGCAUGAAUGGAUUUCUGUUAGUCAUAAUGGAAGCUAUGUAGCAAAAGCUACAAUCAUGAUAUUGUAAGAUAAUGUAUAUGUGCGGAGAAAAUAUACAAGUUUUAUUGAUUAUCUUCAUAAUGACAAUCCUGUACAGAUGUUGGUAGUUUAGAUUGAAAACUGUUUCCUGUAUCGUUAUAAUCAUGUUGUUGGUGCCAUUAAAACAUGAAAUCAUGUUCCA